UCCCUGCCGCCGCCUCCUCCCUUCUUCAGCCGAAGCGCCCACACGCCUCGACCCAAGGGAUCCCAAUGGCGCCGACGUCCAAGAUGGCGCUGGGCAUCAAGCGCGCGUCGCGGUCGCACUCCUACCACCGCCGCGGGCUCUGGGCCAUCAAGGCCAAGAACGGCGGAGCCUUCCCAAAGGCCGAGAAGCCAGCCGCCGUCGCCGAGCCCAAGUUCUACCCCGCCGACGACGUCAAGCCCCGCACCGCCAGCACCCGCAAGCCCAAACCUACCAAGCUCAGGUCGACCAUCACGCCCGGCACGGUGCUGAUCCUGCUCGCUGGGAGGUACAUGGGGAAGCGCGUGGUGUUCCUCAAGCAGCUCAAGUCUGGCCUGCUCCUCAUCACUGGACCUUUCAAGAUCAAUGGUGUCCCAGUUCGCCGGGUGAACCAGGCUUAUGUCAUUGCCACAUCCACAAAGGUUGACAUCUCUGGUGUUAAGGUGGAGAAGUUUGAUGACAAGUACUUUGCUAGGGACAAGAAGGCCAGGGCAAAGAAGACUGAAGGGGAGCUGUUUGAGACUGAGAAGGAGGCAACCAAGAACCUGCCUGACUUCAAAAAGGAUGACCAGAAGGCCAUUGAUGCUGAGUUGAUCAAGGCUAUCGAUGCUGUCCCUGACCUUAAGAACUAUCUUGGUGCCCGGUUCUCUCUCAGGGACGGUGACAAGCCCCAUGAGAUGACCUUCUAAGUUGGUAGAAGUCCUGCGUUUUGAAUGUGUUUUGCCUAGCUUGUUGCUGAAAUUUGUACCCUGUUACUUGACUUCGUAUGUCUGUUGAAGUGAGAAGGUUAAGAGAAUCGUUAUCUGCUUUUGCAGGUUUUCUUUGCGUUUGCUUAAUGUAACACUUCGUUGUGCGUUA